AUGCCUUUACUGGAUAAUGGCUCUUCAGAGGUAAUUGACCCUGAUACGUAUUUUCAAACUCACGCACCAUCGCGAACGUUAAUUGAGGACGAAACUCGAGUUAAAGAAUUUGUAAAUAAACAUUAUGACGCUG